CUAUUACAGUAAUUAUAAGCAUCUUACUGCUGAUCUUCAGCAUGGUAACGGGUGGUGUGUUCAAAUAGUUUAUUUGUGCUUUGAUAUCUGAGAUACCAAUAGAAUAAGUAUUCUUAUAUCCUGCAUUAAUAAAAAUGAAUCCAUUUGGAACGAAAGAGCAGAACCAACAGUAAACUCAACGUGUUUAUCUGUUAUGAGAACAGAAUUACAGCUUGCAAUAAGAUGAAAGGUUGCAAGUUUUCCUGUGCUUAAAAUGCUUUCAAAAAGACAGCUCUGGACAAGAUAGUACGUUGAUGGUCCAUGUUUAUAUUGAGAAGAGAGAUCCAUGACAUGAAUGGCAUCCAUCGAACUGCGAGUAAAGUUUUCAAUAAUAAAGAUGCUUUCUACAACUGCAUGGAAACCCUUAAUGAUACGCCAGAUCGUGGCUGGCACAACACUCUGAAGAGCACAGUGUUUGGCAAUACCAUUGUGCUGGAAGAGAUUAUGGGUGACAAAAUCAAGGAGCAAAGCGAUGCCAUUUAUAUUGAAGAGCUUUCAAAAGCAAGAACGACAAUGAAGAACUUCCCUCAGAAGAGACUGUUGGCUGCAUUCAUUAAUGAUCAUGUCGUAUCCUUUGACGGGCUCAAAAAUAGGGUUGAAGUUGCUAAGUCGAAUGACCGGGAGAUACUGGAGGCCAUGAUAGCUUUACAUAAGGAUGACAGUGAUGAUACUGACAAUGAAGAACUACUAAAGGUUAUGAAAGUUCUACAUAAACACAAAGAUAAAGUAAAGAGGAAGAAUAAAUCGGAAACUUUCACAGAGGCAGUUACUGUGUAUUUCAGAUGUCAAUAA